AUGGAUGUUGUUUCGCUCGUCGUCGGCUGGCGUCGCCGGAGGUUUUCUGAGGUAAGCUUCAUCAAGGAGCUCGAGGCGGAGGGGGUCGGGCGUCCCUCCACCUACGCGAGCAUCAUCGGUACCCUUCGCACGAGGACCUACGUAAACCUGCAGGGGCGGAGCCUGACGCCCAGCCUGACGGGCUUCGUGGUGGUGGACCUGCUUUGGGGGCACUUCCCGGAUUUCACCGACAUCGGCUUUACGGCAAAGAGGGGUCCACGAGCCGGCUUGUGGAGGGCGGGGGCUGGGGCGCGACGCAAGGGGGAGAAGGAGAGCACAGUAGCUCCGAAGGAGGCGGUGGCGGCGGCAGCAGCCAUAACCGGCGAUCUAGCAAGGACGGCGGAGGGGUGGACGGGGACUCGACGGGCGGGAGCUGCAGCGGCGAGGGGGGGUGCGGGCAGAGGUGUGGUCGUUGCGACUGUCGGAGUGCGCGGUGGUGGGGGAUCUGGCGGGAGCCGUCGAGGCUUUGGCCCACGGUAAAUGAAGAAUGAAAAAAUAAACCCAUUGUUUCUUUUCAUAUCUCUCGUUGUUUGCUAUGGGAGGUAUCCCUGUGUGGCCUGUAGGUGGCACCCCUAAGCUACCACUGCAACAUAUCAAGCCAUGUUCUCGACGGAGCCGUUGGGGUGCUGGCCCGCGAUGACAUACGAGACGGCCCGUGGUGUGUGUGCACU